CCUAUUUUUUUUUUUUGGCCUAACUUAAAAGCUACUUGGCAAAAAUAACAAUUAGGUAUGGGUUUUUUUUGGUAUUUUUUGUUCAACCAAAAUUUAUUAACAUUUUAGUUUCGAUUCAUUGGAAAUGAGAAAUUCUGUAAAAUGCUAUUUAUAGUAACGAGAACAUGAUUUUCCAGUGACGGUGACACAAGGUCUCAGACACCGCGGUGCAUGUUUGUAAUACAUGGUACAUGCUUUUGUGACAGGCAAAAUGGGUUUUAAACUAAAUCAAUCUAACGGUAGCUGUACAGGUACCUUUGCGUGAACCAGAUGAGGUUAUAUUUUGGCAUGCUUUGACAGUCACAAAGUUAAUAUUAAUGGUACUUUUGUCCAACACUAGGUACAGUUGCUAGAAUGCCAUCACGUUUGCUAUUAAUAGACCCGAUUCAGUCCGAAAAUAGUUAUAUAAGUGUCAGACUCCGCAUUGAAUCCGUAAUUGGCCGACUUAUUCCGAUGGGCGUGGAAUAGCGAUGACCAAGAGGAGAUGGACUUUCAGGGCUUUGAGCAGACAGAAGACGAAGAUUUAGCAGUUGGUUUUUCAAGCUCUUUGGAUACAAAAUUUGAUGUCACAGUUGGUCAUAUAGAAGAUAUUAUUAUGGAUGAUAGAUUUCAAGAACAGCAAAGAAACUUUUUAGAAAAAUACUACACAGAAUUUGAUGACAGUGAAGAAAAUAAAUUUAUUUACACUGACAUACACAGAGAAUAUAUAAGUCUGAUAGAAAAUCAUCUAAAUGAGGAACUGUGCAAACGAAUGAGUGAUUUUUCAAUGCCAGAGUUUAGCAAGCAGCUUUAUGAAAGGAAAAAUGAACUGGAGGGUGAGAUCUUUGAAAUGCUGUUGACCUUUAGUGACUUUAUGACCUUUAAAGAAAUGUUCCUUGAUUACAAAGCAGAGAAAGAAGGCCGCACCGUGGAUUUGAGUGGAGGUUUGACGGUGAGGUCCUUGGCUGAUGGUCCUGGACUCAAUGGUGAAUCUCUCUCAUUGUUUGGACAAUCCUUCCAGGAACCUCAAUAGCAGUGUGCAAUAGAUAAAGACUCAAGUAGCACAAUUACUCAUCUGAGUUAUCUGUCUUGUUGCCGUCCAGUGCAUGUACCGUUGAUACAGCAUUCAAGUGUUAUUCACCAUACCACAUGCACAAGCUCUCCUUUUGGAUGGUGGCUGUGAAUGAGUGUGAAACCCAGAGAGAUGGGGUAGAGGAGAGGGAGGAAGAGUGUGAGAACGGAUGAGUGGAAGGAAGGAUGGAAGGAGAGGUGGAUAUAAUCUAUGGUAUGGGUGCAAAGGCCUGUGUGAUAGAUGGAAUUGAAAGAAAGGUAUUCAACAAUUGUGAUAUUUGUAUUCAAUGUAAUUUUAAAAUUUGAUCAGUUUUAAUACAGUUACACUUCUUUACAAUGGCACCAUCCAACCAAAAACUGUGGAACAUUUAAACAAUAAUAAUCCUGUCUGUAAUGUCCAUUAAGGACUACUGUUAAAUCAGAACAAACGUAAAAUAUAUAAAAUUAUAUGAAAGUUCAUACAAUUUCUUUUAUGUAACAAUAAAUACUGUUGUUAAAUGAGAUUAGUUUGGUUACAAAUAAUGUUGGGUUUUUUUACCCUCACACAGUAAUGGGUACAACAGGUAAAUUUCUUUAAUGAUCAUACAUCAGGCAUGGUCAGUGUAAUAAAGUUUUCACUAUACUUUCAGUGUUAUGUAGGGGAGAGGGAGGUGUUUUUAUUCUUCAUUAUAAUACUACGUUCACGUGUCUGUGCCUUUUGUUGUGCAAAAUACAUUUGAUAGUUAUAAGUCAAAUUAAUCCCUAUAUCAUCAAUGUAGUUUAUUGUAUUGGAAGUAGUUUGGUUACAAACAAGUUGUUUGUUUUAAUCUUAAAAGUUUAAUAAUACUUCAAAAAUAUUUAUUUUCACCAUAAUGCUGCAUGUAUAUUUUAAUGAUUUCCGGCCAGUGUUUUUGUUGCUGCAUGUGAAGUGCCAUUCUCAUUAUCUGUCUUCAUCAUUCAUGUAAUGUUCACAUGUAUUAAAUAUUUUAUAUUCAGA